AAAAUUUUGAAUUGAAGAGACAAAUCUCUUCUCUCGCCUCUCUUCGUCUCUCUCCUCUCACACUCUUGUCGCCCCCGCUUCCGUCCGGUCGCCUCCGCACUACCGCCACAGGCUGCAACCGCGCCUCCACCCUCAGUCGACGGCCCCUCCCCCGUCCGCAGCCCUCCGUUCGUCUCCGUCCUCAGCAGCAGUUUCCUGCUUUAAGCCCGCCAAGUGCCCUUCCUUCGUCAGUCAGCAGUUGAUGGAUGAAUACCAUAAGCACAUGCUGAUCGAACCUUCGAAGCAGCCGUUGCGUGCACCAAUUGAAGCUUCAAAGCAGCCAUCUGUACUUGAAGGAUGUAGAUCGCAAGUUUCUGUUCAAUUUUAGUUUUCUGCACUCAUGAAAAUUCAUUUCUGGGGUGGACAAACCCAUAGGUUGCUUCCAUGCUGCAAUUCAGUUGUGUCUUAUGCAGGAGUUAAUUGUUAUUGACGAUCUCUUGUCAGCAUUGGUUGGGAUUGACGGACGUUAUAUCUCUAUCCGUAGAGUACACGGGAAGGAUGAUACUGUAUCCUUUCAAGUUGAUGCAUCUAUGGAUUUGGCACUUCAGGAAUCUGCAAAACGGAUAUUUCCAUUAUGCGAGAGCUACUUACUUAUUAAUCAAUUUGUUGAGUCAAGGUCCCAGUUCAAGAGCGGUCUUGUCAAUCAUGCUUUUGCAGCAGCACUUAGGACAUUGCUUCUUGAUUACCAAGCCAUGGUGGCGCAGCUUGAACAUCAGUUUCGUCUAGGAAAACUUUCAGUUCAAGGACUAUGGUUCUAUUGCCAGCCAAUGUUGGGGUCAAUGCAAGCUUUAUCCAUAGUGAUUAAGAAGGCCUCAGCUAGUAAUUUUAUUGGUUCUGCAGUUCUCAACCUCUUACAAAGCCAGGCCAAGGCCAUGGCUGGUGACCAUGUAGUGAGGUCUUUGCUGGAAAAGAUGUCACAAAGUGCAAGCCAAGCAUACCUUGGAAUAUUAGAGAGGUGGGUCUAUGAGGGUGUAAUUGAUGAUCCAUAUGGAGAAUUUUUUAUUGCUGAGAACAAGUCUCUUCAAAAGGAAAGUCUCAUGCAAGAUUAUGAUACAAAGUAUUGGCAGCAGCGCUACAGCUUGAAAGAUGACAUACCUAGUUUCCUUGCCAAUGCUGCUGAAACAAUUUUGACCACUGGAAAAUAUCUAAAUGUCAUGAGAGAAUGUGGGCAUUGUGUUCAGGUUCCUGUAGCAGAAAACACAAAGUUGACUAUGGUUGGGUCUAAUCAUCGUUACCUUGAGUGCAUUAAAGCUGCCUAUGAUUUUGCUAGUGGUGAAUUAUUGAACCUCAUAAAAGAAAAGUAUGACUUAAUGGGGAAAUUGAGGUCAAUCAAGCACUAUCUGCUUCUCGAUCAGGGUGAUUUUUUGGUCCACUUUUCGGACAUAGCUCGGGAGGAGCUCAUGAAAAAGCCGGAUGAAAUUUCAGUUGAAAAGUUGCAGUCCCUCUUGGACCUUGCAUUGCGAUCCACGGCAGCUGUGGCAGAUCCAUAUCACGAGGACUUAACGUGUUGUGUGGAAAAAACAACUCUAUUGAAAAGGUUGAGUGAACUCAAAGAUCUUCAGAUCAGCCAGAUUAUUUCCAGCAAUGGUGAUCUCGAAGAGCCUUUAAGCAUUACAGGCUUGGAAACAUUUUCUUUGAGUUUCAAGGUUCGAUGGCCAUUAUCGCUUGUGAUCUCAAGGAAGGCUUUGACAAAAUAUCAGUUAAUAUUUCGGUGUCUGUUUCAUUGCAAGUAUGUGAAUCGGCAACUUUGUGCUGCAUGGCAAUUACAUCAAGGUCUGCGACGACUUGAUAUGCAAGGAACAGCAAUUUCAGUGUCAUCUUUGUUGUGCCGAAAUAUGCUUAAGUUCAUCAACAGCCUUCUGCAUUAUCUGACAUUUGAGGUUCUUGAACCAAAUUGGCAUGUCAUGCACAAUAGACUUCAGACUGCAAAGAGUAUUGAUGAGGUUUUACAACACCAUGAUUUUUUCCUUGACAAGUGUUUGGGAGAAUGCUUGCUUCUCUCGCCUGUUCUUCUCAAGAAGCUGGAGACAAUGAAAUUGAUAUGCCUUCAGUAUGCAGCAGCAGCGCAAUGGCUGGUUACCUAUUCCAUUGAUGCUCCCAAGUCUGACAGUCCCGAGCUGGAUAAAUACAAGAAGCUGAAACUAAGAACCCGUUCUCAGACGCAGAAAGUAACAUCUGAAAACGCAACUGUUAUUGAAUCUAUCUUGAAGUUUGAGCGCAAAUUUUCAGCUGAGCUUCAGAGUCUAGGACCGAUAUUGAGCAGCAGUUCUCGCGCAGAACCAUACUUAACUCAUCUCGCGCAGUGGCUUCUUGGUGUGGGAAUGGACUAGGAUGCAGCAACAUCUAGCUGUGCUUCUUCCAUUUCUUUGCUUUAAGUUUCUCUUAUUGUUGGUUUACUAUUUUCCUUUUGUGAUCAGUUGAGGAAAUUUGUGUUAGAUAUCCAUAGCUUCGUUAAUGAUCAAAGCCUAGACUAUACCAAUGGGCUUGUUGUGCGAUGGAGCUAAUUCAACUCUUAUACGACCCAAAUUGAAAUAUUAUUGAUUUUAUUUAGCUAGCUUAUAUUUUGUGAAUA